AUGCUGCAUAUCCGCGCCUUAGAACGCCUCGAUAAUAGUAUGAGUGGACAGCGGGCUCGAGUCUGCACAACCUUCCCGGGUGUCCACCCGCUGUCUCGCUUUCACCGCCUGCUUUUGAGGCGCCCGAUCGCCUGCUGUAUCCGCUGUGGCAGUAGCAGCAGCAGCGAGAGCAAGGGCAGCGGCUACCACUCAAAUUCCCCGUGCAAAACGCUCGUUGGUAAGAACGCUCCCCUCCUUUCCCCUCACCUGUACACCAUCUGCCCCUCACCUGUACACCAUCUGCCCCUCACCUGUACACCAUCUGCCCCUCACCUGUACACCAUCUGCCCCUCACCUGUACACCAUCUGCCCCUCACCUGUACACCAUCUGCCCCUCACCUGUACACCAUCUGCCCCUCACCUGUACACCAUCUGCCCCUCACCUGUACACCAUCUGCCCCUCACCUGUACACCAUCUGCCCCUCACCUGUACACCAUCUGCCCCUCACCUGUACACCAUCUGCCCCUCACCUGUACACCAUCUGCCCCUCACCUGUACACCAUCUGCCCCUCACCUGUACACCAUCUGCCCCUCACCUGUACACCAUCUGCCCCUCACCUGUACACCAUCUGCCCCUCACCUGUACACCAUCUGCCCCUCACCUGUACACCAUCUGCCCCUCACCUGUACACCAUCUGCCCCUCACCUGUACACCAUCUGCCCCUCACCUGUACACCAUCUGCCCCUCACCUGUACACCAUCUGCCCCUCACCUGUACACCAUCUGCCCCUCACCUGUACACCAUCUGCCCCUCACCUGUACACCAUCUGCCCCUCACCUGUACACCAUCUGCCCCUCACCUGUACACCAUCUGCCCCUCACCUGUACACCAUCUGCCCCUCACCUGUACACCAUCUGCCCCUCACCUGUACACCAUCUGCCCCUCACCUGUACACCAUCUGCCCCUCACCUGUACACCAUCUGCCCCUCACCUGUACACCAUCUGCCCCUCACCUGUACACCAUCUGCCCCUCACCUGUACACCAUCUGCCCCUCACCUGUACACCAUCUGCCCCUCACCUGUACACCAUCUGCCCCUCACCUGUACACCAUCUGCCCCUCACCUGUACACCAUCUGCCCCUCACCUGUACACCAUCUGCCCCUCACCUGUACACCAUCUUCCCCUCACCUGUACACCAUCUGCCCCUCACCUGUACACCAUCUGCCCCUCACCUGUACACCAUCUUCCCCUCACCUGUACACCAUCUGCCCCUCACCUGUACACCAUCUGCCCCUCACCUGUACACCAUCUGCCCCUCACCUGUACACCAUCUGCCCCUCACCUGUACACCAUCUGCCCCUCACCUGUACACCAUCUGCCCCUCACCUGUACACCAUCUGCCCCUCACCUGUACACCAUCUGCCCCUCACCUGUACACCAUCUGCCCCUCACCUGUACACCAUCUGCCCCUCACCUGUACACCAUCUGCCCCUCACCUGUACACCAUCUUCCCCUCACCUGUACAACAUCUGCCCCUCACCUGUACACCAUCUGCCCCUCACCUGUACACCAUCUGCCCCUCACCUGUACACCAUCUGCCCCUCACCUGUACACCAUCUGCCCCUCACCUGUACACCAUCUGCCCCUCACCUGUACACCAUCUGCCCCUCACCUGUACACCAUCUGCCCCUCACCUGUACACCAUCUGCCCCUCACCUGUACACCAUCUGCCCCUCACCUGUACACCAUCUUCCCCUCACCUGUACACCAUCUGCCCCUCACCUGUACACCAUCUGCCCCUCACCUGUACACCAUCUUCCCCUCACCUGUACACCAUCUUCCCCUCACCUGUACACCAUCUGCCCCUCACCUGUACACCAUCUGCCCCUCACCUGUACACCAUCUGCCCCUCACCUGUACACCAUCUGCCCCUCACCUGUACACCAUCUGCCCCUCACCUGUACACCAUCUGCCCCUCACCUGUACACCAUCUGCCCCUCACCUGUACACCAUCUGCCCCUCACCUGUACACCAUCUGCCCCUCACCUGUACACCAUCUUCCCCUCACCUGUACACCAUCUGCCCCUCACCUGUACACCAUCUGCCCCUCACCUGUACACCAUCUGCCCCUCACCUGUACACCAUCUGCCCCUCACCUGUACACCAUCUGCCCCUCACCUGUACACCAUCUGCCCCUCACCUGUACACCAUCUGCCCCUCACCUGUACACCAUCUGCCCCUCACCUGUACACCAUCUGCCCCUCACCUGUACACCAUCUGCCCCUCACCUGUACACCAUCUGCCCCUCACCUGUACACCAUCUGCCCCUCACCUGUACACCAUCUGCCCCUCACCUGUACACCAUCUGCCCCUCACCUGUACACCAUCUGCCCCUCACCUGUACACCAUCUGCCCCUCACCUGUACACCAUCUUCCCCUCACCUGUACACCAUCUGCCCCUCACCUGUACACCAUCUGCCCCUCACCUGUACACCAUCUUCCCCUCACCUGUACACCAUCUUCCCCUCACCUGUACACCAUCUGCCCCUCACCUGUACACCAUCUGCCCCUCACCUGUACACCAUCUGCCCCUCACCUGUACACCAUCUGCCCCUCACCUGUACACCAUCUGCCCCUCACCUGUACACCAUCUGCCCCUCACCUGUACACCAUCUGCCCCUCACCUGUACACCAUCUGCCCCUCACCUGUACACCAUCUGCCCCUCACCUGUACACCAUCUUCCCCUCACCUGUACACCAUCUGCCCCUCACCUGUACACCAUCUGCCCCUCACCUGUACACCAUCUGCCCCUCACCUGUACACCAUCUGCCCCUCACCUGUACACCAUCUGCCCCUCACCUGUACACCAUCUGCCCCUCACCUGUACACCAUCUGCCCCUCACCUGUACACCAUCUGCCCCUCACCUGUACACCAUCUGCCCCUCACCUGUACACCAUCUGCCCCUCACCUGUACACCAUCUGCCCCUCACCUGUACACCAUCUGCCCCUCACCUGUACACCAUCUGCCCCUCACCUGUACACCAUCUGCCCCUCACCUGUACACCAUCUGCCCCUCACCUGUACACCAUCUGCCCCUCACCUGUACACCAUCUGCCCCUCACCUGUACACCAUCUGCCCCUCACCUGUACACCAUCUGCCCCUCACCUGUACACCAUCUGCCCCUCACCUGUACACCAUCUUCCCCUCACCUGUACACCAUCUGCCCCUCACCUGUACACCAUCUGCCCCUCACCUGUACACCAUCUGCCCCUCACCUGUACACCAUCUGCCCCUCACCUGUACACCAUCUUCCCCGCGUCCACCCCGCUGUCUCUCAGCACGGCCUGCUGCAUGCGCUGCAGCAGCUGCUUGAACGCCCUCACGCCCGGCGCCCUCACGUUCAACCGCGGCCGCCGCGGUCGACGGCCAAGCCAUCCUAAACCGGCGCUGGUCGUAGCCGCACUAGCGGCGGAGGAGGAAACAGAAGCGGUGCCAACGGCACUGGGUUCGGCGGUGGUGUCGUCUGCCGUCGCGUCUGUCGCGUUGCCGUUAGGGUCGCUGUCCCAGACGGCCGUUGCCGGGUAG